AUGUGGGAUCGUUACGAGUUAUGACUACUUGGUGGACUACUUGAUGAUUCAUCUCUUUUUUAACAAGAAAGUGGCCUUCGGCGCCUUUGUAAAAUCGUUCAGAUGAAGAUGUCAAUGACCAAGUCGACGUAGUUGCGGUAGUACACGGACUAGAAGCAUCUUCAGCAUUCCCGUUCUUUUUGGAGAAUCUUCUUGGAGUCUUCGACGUCCGGUUGCUUCUACCCAGAGCCCAUCUCUCCCCCCUCUCCCAAAUUCUAAGGUCCAUUCCCCCACUCCGCCCACUUGUACCAGCAACUCACCAACCCCCUCUCCCAACUUCUAAGGUCGAUUGCCCCACUCCGCCCACUUGUACCAGCAACUCACCAACCCCCUCUCCCAACUUCUAAGGUCGAUUCCCCCACUCCGCCCACUUGUGAGUUCCAUCUCUCCCCCCUCUCCCAACUUCUAAGGUCGAUUCCCCCACUCCGCCCACUUGUACCAGCAACUCACCAACAAGGAAUGGACGCACAGUCUCUGUUUGAAUCCGAGGCUGAGGAUCCCAGCAACCAUAGCGGUGCCAAGAAUGUGGAUUGAAAGAGACAUCAUGGAAAACGGGAAUACGAAAAAAACUGCACAAAAAGCAUUGAAGAUGUUGCAGAUGUUAUGAGACGAGAUGAAUUACAUUUACAUUUUUAGGUAAUGAAUGAAGUUUAGUACUUCUCAGGUCUUCAUCGUCAUAUUAUUUCAUUCCUUGAGGAACGUAUUACGUAUGCACAUCAAGCAAGUACAUGUAAAAAGGGAAUCAAUAAAUUUGCAAGGGGCAACAGCUCCUGAGUAGUUCGUUGUACAACAAAAAUUUCCAUCAUUUCGAUUUCCCUCAUCACCAUCCUUCCACUACACCUACGACCCUAGCCUGUUCGAUCCUCUAACCCUCGUGCGAGACAAGCAGAAUCAGAUGGGCAUGUGUCCAGCUAAAAAAAUUGUGCAUGGAGUUUCGAAACUAGGGUAUUCCUGGGAGGCCUUAGACGUGAAAAUGUGGAAGGAAGACCAACCUCCAAAUGCAGGGAGCUCGGCUUAUAAUUAUGGUUUUGGUCGUUGUAGUUGUUGGUUCUCGUUGAAGAUCAUGAUCAUCUUGUCUGAUUUUCUGGAUAGUAGUUCUUGCAAUAGUGUAGUUGCGCAGAGUCGAUUGAGUGUCAGCAGGCUUAGAAAGAUUACACUAAUAAGAAUAAGUUUGCUUCUCCUGCAUCUGCGAGGGUCAUAACUGCUCUGAUAGUAUUUUUGGUGAUAGUAUUUCUUGAAGAGUUGUUCCCUCUAACGGCAGCUCCACAGCAGUUUAUACGAACUGACGCAGCACAUCGACAUCACGGACAACCUCGUUGGGCAAGCCCACGUCCUAGACCAUGUUUUGGUUCAAGAGUUCAUCCCUCACGUCUUUGAACUCCGACUCUACUUCAUAGAAAACGAGUGCAAGUUCGAGAUGUUCACGAGGUUUGACAAAGUGAAGCCGAAUCACGAGUUUGGCGAGUUCAACUACCUACAGAGGAAAGACGUCCUGGACUUGAUGGGGGAUGACAAGGAAGCUCUAGAAGCUGGCAUCGAACUGGCGAAGACCACGGGAAGAGAGCUCCUAGACUGGCUUCGCAUCGAGAGCUUAGAGGAUAUCAUCCCAGCCAUAAGAUUCGACUUCUUCGUGGGGUACGAUCCUACGGGACUGGGUGGGGUAGAUGUGCUGGGUGGAACACUAGCUGCUGCAGCAAAUGGCAGCGCCAAAGGUCCCUCACCAACGAAAACUCCGAACACAGCGAAAGGAAACGGAUCAGCAACUAGUGCGACAUCACAACCAGGAUCAUCAUCUUCCUCUAAAGGGGCAGCAGGACAAGCUGGCGCACCUCCAAGAGGAUCAGUAGAUGGCUACAAAGUCCUAGGAAACUAUAAUGGACCCACUGCUUCCUCAUCUUCUUCUAGUACAACUGGCGCAACAAGUGCAUCAACUGCUUGUUCAACUAUAGCCACCACUCCGGAGGAGGCGCUUGCAGCUGCCAAGAAACUGGUUGGAACUACGUACAGCAAUCAGUGGCGGUCACCUAAGACUGGCGCUUUGGUCUCAGUAAACACAUUGGAGAUGUGUGAGUUGGGCUUUUCCAUUCUGCAUAACAAGGCCAUUCCAAAAGCCGUGAUGCCUGCCGUGGUACGAUCAUGCCUGAGACUGGAUAGAGUCUAGCUUGACAGAUGAUCAUGUGUUGACAGAAUGACCACAAGUUUCCUCCACCCUCAUGAACGUUUCCAAGAAAGUUCGAAUGCACUUAGGAUGGGCAAAGAGAUGGUCACCCUUUUUCAUGACCACCGCCCGCGCAAAUCGAUUGCUAAACAUUUGAUGCUGUCAAAGUUUCAGAGUUUUAUGUUGGAACGCUUACCCUUAUCGUGAUAAUAAGUCGUGUUGUAACCUCCACGCUCCAUCCUGUAUUGAUGAAGUAUCAACAACUGAUGGGCAAAAGCGACGGAGUCGACUAGGACUUGGUCCAAUAUAACUUUUUGUGG